AACACUCUGCCUGCUGUUCUCGUCGCCGUCGAACCACAGUCGCAUGGCUUUCCGCCCAUCUUUCUUCUCUCCGCCGUGCCGAAAAACUCUGAUCUUUCUCCGCCGUAUAGUUUGAGGUGCUCAAAGCUGAGGUUUUUAUGGGAAGGUUACGAUGUUGGCUGCAAUUCUACGGAAACGCCCACAACAUGUUUGUGAUAAUGCCUGAAAGAAACGUUUUAUCCGGAGAAUCCCCUUUUGGGCGGGUAUGGAUCAGGUCAAUGACUAGCAGCAAGCGUGUUCAAGAUAGGAGCAAGGAAAAGAGAAUCCGUGAGCUCGAAGUAGCGACAGAGAAAUGGAAAAUAGCUUCCAAAGUAAUAUUCUUGAUGGAGGUGCUGAAGAGUGAGCCAGAGAUGAUAAUGACUGUCAGGUCUUUGGAGCAGUACAGGCGGCAGAUCAAUUUGCCUAAACCACAUAAGAUCAGCGAUUUCAUCAGAAAGUCUCCCAAAUUGUUCGAAUUGUACAAGGAUCAGAGGGCAGUCUUGUGGUGUGGAAUGACAAGAGAAGCAGAGGAUUUGUUGGACGAGCAUGACAGGUUGCUCGAGGAGAAUGGAGACAAGGCUGCAGAACAUGUGACCAGGUGUUUGAUGAUGUCUGUUGAUAAAAAGCUUCCAUUGGAUAAGAUCGUUCAUUUCCGGAGGGAUUUUGGGCUGCCUCUUGAUUUUAGGAUAAAUUGGGUCCACAAGUUUCCUCAGCAUUUUAAAGUUGUGAAACUUGGGGAUGGAGACGAGUAUCUUGAGCUUGUUUCAUGGAAUCCAGCUUGGGCUAUCACAGAGUUGGAGAAAAAGACUCUAGGAUUAACCGAGGCAAACGAUCACAAGCCAGGUAUGCUUUCUCUGGCUUUUCCCAUGAAGUUUCCUCCGUCAUACAAGAAAAUGUACAGGUAUAGAGGGAAGAUCGAACAUUUUCAGAAACGAUCUUACCUGUCUCCUUAUGCCGAUGCACGUGGACUCGAAGCUGGUUCAAAGGAAUUCGAUAAGCGGGCAAUCGCGGUUAUGCACGAACUGCUUAGCUUUACACUCGAGAAGAGGUUGGUGACGGAUCAUCUGACCCAUUUCAGGAGGGAGUUUGUGAUGCCGCAGAAGCUGAUGAGGAUCUUCUUGAAGCAUUGUGGUAUCUUCUAUGUCUCUGAGAGAGGGAAGAGGUUUAGUGUGUUCUUGACAGAAGCUUACGAAGGGCCGGAACUGAUUGAGAAGUGUCCUUUGAUACUUUGGAAGGAGAAGUUGCUGAGGUUUACGGGUUACAGAGGAAGGAAGAGAGAUAUUCCAACUUAUAGUGAUACUUUGUACAUGGAAGAGAGAGAAUUGCUGGAAAGUGGUUCGGGAGAUGAAGAUUUGAGUGUUGGAUUUGAGAAAGAUGAUGAUGAGAUGGACGUUGAUGAAGUGAGUGGUGCAUAUGAUGAUAAUAGCGAAGUUUAGAGUCCUUUUUUUUGUCAACAGCAAAGUUUAGACUAUAGUGAUCUCAAAAUCAUGUGCUGAGAAAGAAUCUCAUGCAAAGUUGGAAAUUUUGUCUUUUAUUAUGUAAACUUAUGCAUUUUUAUAUU